GUGGAUUUCACAAGAUAAGGAGAUAACAUAACACAUUCAGUCCAUAGCAGAAUGAACCCAAGAAGAUAACCGAUUUCUCUGAAUUCUUCGUUUCUUCGCAGUUCCAUGGUACCUCUGCUUUCCCUUCGGGCGCCCGCCUCUACCCUUAAACCUCUCUUCCUCUUCAUCCCUUCCCUUCCCUUCACUCGUUUCAACAAGCUCCAUCUUCGCCGUGCUGGUUUUCCCAGAAAGGGUUCUGUCUCCGGUAAACCUUUUAUCCGUUCACCCCGCCAAAAGUAUGACGCACAAAGCCAGCAAAAUGAGCAGCCUCCGAGGACUCUGUUUCCUGGUGGGUACAAGCGCCCCGAGAUCAAGGUGCCUAAUUUCGUUCUUCAAUUGGAGCCGGAGGAGGUGUUGUCAGGGGGUAAUGCGAAUGCGUUCGAUUUGAUUGAUAAUGCCUUGUCGAAGUUUGUCGGCGUUGUUGUGCUUAAUGGCGGUGAAGGAAGCGGCGGCAGGGUCUAUGAGGCUGCUCGUAUGUUGAAGUCUGUUAUCAGGGAUCGAGCGUAUUUUUUGAUUGCCGAGCGUGUCGACAUUGCGGCUGCUGUUGGUGCUAGUGGGGUUCUGCUCUCUGAUCAAGGCCUUCCUGCCAUUGUGGCAAGAAACACCAUGAUGAGUUCCAACUCUGACUCAGUAGUUCUUCCAUUGGUAGCUAUGAAAGUGCAAAACGCAAGUGCUGCCUUGAAUGCUACUAAUUCUGAAGGUGCUGAUUUUCUUAUAUUUGAUGUGGGUGUUGAUGAACAUGUAAAGACUGUUUUCAAGAAUGUGAAGAUACCAAUUUUUAUUCCAAAUGAUUCAAAGGGAAAGGCUGAAGGGAUUACAAAGGUGUCAGAGCUUCUUAAAUCAGGUGCUAGUGGGUUAGUUAUAUCAUUGGAAGAAUUGGGGUCGUUUGGCGAUGCUCUGAGCAGGUUGUUUGACUCUGUAUCUGCGACAAAUGAAAAACCUGAGGAUAGGCUUCAAAGCUUCAGCAUGUUAGAAAUGUUGGAUGUUAAUAAUGAUUCCUACGAGAAUAAGGGUGUGGCAGGCUUUGCUAAACUGGAAGAUAGAGAAAAAGAGCUUGUUGAGAAAGAGAGAUCACUAUUGCAUGAAGUCAUAAAUGUUGUCAAGAAAGCUGCUCCACUGAUGGAGGAGGUUUCACUUCUCAUUGAUGCGGUUUCUCAAAUUGAUGAACCAUUUCUGCUGGCUAUAGUGGGUGAAUUUAACUCUGGUAAAUCAACGGUAAUCAAUGCACUUCUUGGAAAAAGAUAUCUCACAGAGGGAGUUGUUCCUACAACUAAUGAAAUCACUUUCUUAUGCUACUCCAAGUCAGAAGCUGGGGGGCAAGAGCGUUGUAAAAGGCAUCCAGAUGGUCAAUUAAUGUGUUACCUUCCUGCUCCAAUUCUUAGAGAAAUGAAUAUUGUUGAUACCCCUGGGACUAAUGUUAUUCUGCAAAGGCAACAACGGCUAACUGAGGAAUUUGUGCCUCGUGCAGAUUUGUUAAUUUUUGUUAUUUCUGCAGAUCGCCCUUUAACCGAGAGUGAGGUCAACUUUCUUCGCUAUAGUCAACAGUGGAGAAAGAAAGUUGUAUUUGUGUUGAACAAAGCUGACCUUUAUCAGGAUUCCCACGAGCUUGAGGAAGCAAUAUCAUUUAUCAAGGAGAAUGCUAAGAAGUUACUAAAUACUGAGGAUGUAAUGUUAUAUCCAUUGUCUGCACGUUCUGUUCUUGAAGAAAGACUUUCAGCUUCUUCUGCCCUCAGGAAAGAUAAUGGGGAAUUAGCAGUCUCUGGUUCUAACUGGAGAACCAAUAGCUUUUAUGAAUUUGAAAGCUUCUUGUAUAGUUUUUUAGAUGGAUCAACUACUCUGGGGAUGGAGAGAGUAAAGCUUAAACUUGAAACACCAAUUGCAAUUGCAGAGCAAUUACUUUCUGCCUGUGAGACUCUGGUGAGAGAGGAAUGUCAAUCUGCCACAGAGGAUUUGACUUCAGCAAAUGAAAUCAUUGAUGGUGUAAAAGGGUAUGUAACAAAGAUGGAAAAUGAGAGCAUCUCUUGGAGGAGAAAAAUCUUUUCAGAGAUUGAUACUACAAGAUCAAAUAUUGUGGAGGUCAUAGAAUCUACACUGCAAUUAUCAAAUCUUGAUCUUGUUGCUUCAUAUGUUUUCAAAGGGGGAAAUUCUGCCAUAAUGCCAGCCACUUCAAGGGUUCAAAAUGACAUAAUUGGUCCUAAACUUUCAGAUGUUCAAAAAGUGCUCAGAGAAUAUCUGAGAUGGUUAGAAUCGAAUAAUGUUCAUGAAGGAAAGCUGUACAUGGAAUCUUUUGAGAGUAAAUGGCCUACGCUUGUCCAUUCAGAUAAAUCAAAUCAUUUGGAGACCUAUGAUCUGCUGAGAAAGUUGGGUCAAUUCAGCCUGAGAGUUAUAGAGAACUUCAGUGCCAAUGCUGCUUCCAAACAAUUUGACCAAGAAAUUCGUCAAGCAUUCUUGGGGACUUUUGGUGGACUAGGGGCAGCUGGUUUGUCUGCUUCACUUCUUACAUCUGUUUUGCCUACUACUUUGGAAGAUCUUCUUGCACUUGGCCUUUGUUCUGCUGGAGGGUAUACAUAUUUUUCAAUUAAUCUCAUUUUAUUCCUUUAUGAUUCAUCCCUUCCCAUUCCCAAAUUCUUUUCAUAAAAGUUUGGGAUUAAGUGUGAUUUGAGGUCCUUUAGGGCAUAAAAUCAUAGCACAGCCAUACCAACCACUAUUGUUAGAUGCGUACACCACCUAUUCUUGAAAUAUCUAUAUGAUCUUGUUAUUGGUUGAUUCUUUUAUUAGAUUAGAGCUUAAAAAAUCUUACUCAGGUAAAAUGAGACAUUUUAUGCUGGUAUUGUUGCCUUUUUGGGACAAGGUGUGGCUUCUCAGAUUCUCUCAAUUAACUAGUUACCCUGAUGUUGAAAUUUUUGCAUACUGUCAAAUUAGUGCCACUCUGAUUAACAUAUUUUAGGACAGUCUGUGUGACAUCCUCAUUUCCUAGGGACCUAUAGUCAUGGAUUCCACCCUCGUCAAAUAUAACAAAUCAGCAAACAGAUUGUUGAGUUAUUGCUUUCAUGACAGGUAUAUAGCCAUUUCAAACUUCCCAGCUCGUAGACAAGGAAUGAUAGAUAAGGUGAAUAGAAUAGCAGAUGCAUUGGCACAAGAACUUGAAAAUGCCAUGGAGAAGGAUCUCACAGAAACUGUCAAUAACCUGGAAAACUUUGUGAAGACCGUAGGCAAACCUUACCAGGAUGCGGCACAAACAAGGUUAGACAAAUUUCUUGGAAUUCAAGAUCAGGUGUUAAAUGUCCAGAAGAAACUUAAAACACUACGAGUUGAAAUUCAAAAUCUCCAUGUAAUACCCGUUUAAACUUUGCAUAUGUCUCUGCAUUCCUCUCCAGCAGCGGAUGUGAGAAUGAAGUGUGUUGUUGUACCGGUGUUGUCCCAUUUUUUGCCUAAUUGGUUUUCAGUGGUUGAUAAUUGUACAAUGUGCAUGCAUGAUGCAUCAAUGAGAACAACCCAUUUUCAAUGAAUUUCUGGUUUUUCC